AUGGCCAAUUCUUUAAGAGGAGAAGUACUGGCUCUUUAUAAAAAUCCACUUUAUCUUGGACGGAACUAUCCAAAAGGAGCAGAGUAUUUUAAAAGGCAUUUGAAGAACAUUUUCCUUAAAAUCAAUGAUGUGAAGGACCCAGAAAAGAUCAAAGAACUUAUUGCACAAGGAGAAUGUGUGAUGAAGAAGCUAGAGGCCUUAUACUUCCUUAGGAAAUACAGAGCUAUGAAGCAACAUUUCUAUACAGAUACCAAAAACUGA